AUGGCCCCGACUGAUCCGAAGGAAUGGGCCAAGAAGGUGCGCUCGAAAACACCUGUUCUCCUAGAGGUGGGGAAGCCAGCACCCAAGGCGGUAUUGAGCUUUGGCGGUUGCGGGUUUCUUGUUACAUAUGCGCUUGGUGUGGCGCUGUUUUUGCAGCAGGAAAAGGCAGAGUUUUUGGCGCAUUCUUUUUUGCUUGGGGCGGGGACAGGCGUCAUCCCAGCCGUGGCUCUUGCCUGCGGGCCGCGGGCCGUCAAUAUUGAAAAGGUUCGUGAUGCCAUUGUGGACAACCGAUUUUUGGUGACCGACGAGGAGAAACGGGUGGAGGUAUUCACAGAGUACAUCAACAAACUCCUUCCACGCAACGCGGUGGAACUUGUGAACGGACGUCUGGCUCUCACUAUUGGCUUCUCAAACAAGGAUCCAGGUUACAUGAGACAGACGAAGGAGAAUGUUCACUUUGGCCAUCACAUUGCACAGUGGGACGAUGUAAACGAUCUGGCGCAAUGCAUUAUGGCGGCUACAGCUCCAAAUACGGAAAAGCCGAUGGUUUUCCGUGACGCAGAUAAUGUUGUGCGGGGAACAAUGAUGUCGCUUAGUAGUGAACUUGACCAAUACUGUCGUCACAUCUACAUUCAUGGUUAUGCGGGAUAUCGUUAUAACAGGCAACAAACACGGCACAAUAUAUUUUUUGGAAGGCAUGGCUUUGUCGCUAAUACGCAUUUCCCCUUCUGGCGUCAAGUAUGGCUUGCGUUUGCACCAAACAUUGGUGGAACUGCACGAAAAGAUGAUCUGCUUGAGGCAUAUGAUGCUGGUUAUAACGACGCGCGACGUUAUGAGCGUUGGGAAGAAGAUCCUUAUCACUACGCAAAGGCUGACCGUUCACCAAGCGAUGACUUCAAUUUCCGCCAGCUCCGUGCGAACUUAUUUGGUGGUAAAAAAGCCGCUGAGCGCUUCGAACUGUGA